UUUUCCUCGAUUGAGCGUUAGUCUAGUUUCAGAGUCACAAAUUUUAUAUUAUUUCCUCUCUUUUUUCACUUCAAUAUCUUUAGCAUACUCACUCAUCUUCUUUACAUUCUAUUCCAUGGAUUCCUCCGUAACCAAAUCCACCUUCCCAAUUUUCACCACCAACCCAUUUUCACUUUCCAAAAGAUCCCUGAUCAGACCCUUCAAAGUUUCCAUCAAACCACCACCUCCAGACUUCAAUUACAAGCUAGAGAUUUCCAAAGAAUCCAGAGCUGUCAUAGAAGAAUCUUACCCUGAGUUGCUUGAUUUGGCUGACAAUGGUAGCUUGGUUUUGGUACAGAAGAAGAGGUUUGGCCCGGUUCCUUCUUGGAGGACUGAGUUUGUUGAACCUGAAUAUAUAUGGCUGAUUGGAACUACUCAUGUUUCCAAAGAAUCAGCUAUGGAGGUUGAGCGUGUUGUGAAGGCUGUGAAGCCAGAUAAUGUAGUUGUUGAGCUUUGUAGAAGCAGAGCUGGGAUCAUGUAUGCUGAUGAUGAUCAGCUUGACAAACAGUUAAGGUCUACUAUGUUUUCCUUAAGCGGAACAGGAUUUUUUGGAGCAAUCGGUCGUAGCAUAAACCUUGGUGGUCAAACUGCUUUAGCAUUGAGAUUACUUUUGGCCGCGUUUUCAUCAAAGAUCUCUUCGGAUAUUGAUCGCCCUUUUGGUGAUGAGUUCCGUGCUGCUCGAAAAGUAUCCGAGGAAAUUGGUGCACAAAUAGUUUUGGGAGAUAGGCCAAUUGAAAUAACACUUCAGAGAGCAUGGAAGGCUUUGAAUUGGACUCAAAAAUUGAGUUUAUUGAGAAUAGUUAUCAGUGGAAUAACAUCUUCAUCAGAAAUCUCUACGAAUAAGCUCGAGAAAGCAAGUUCGGAUGACGGUACACUUCAGCUCUAUGAGCAACUGAGUUUUUCAUAUCCAUCCCUGUUGCCACCGCUUAUUCAUGAACGAGAUACUUAUCUUGCAUGGUCUCUAAAGAGGAGCAAAGCUGUGAAUAACUGUAAAAGGGUGGUAGGUGUAAUUGGAAAAGGUCACAUGAAUGGUGUUAUAUAUUCACUGUUAGCUGAUACCGGGGAUUUGAGGUUUCGAGACCUUGUCGGAAACAAUUCAUCCGGUGGAGGUUCUGGUGGCUGGAUUGAUGGCAUAGUCAAGAGUUUAGUGAGGGACACUGUGAUUGGCAUUGUCCUAUGGGCUUUAUAUGAACUGAUAAAUGGUGGAACAUAAGGCAAGACCAUUUAUAUAUUUUUUCAUGUUUUUGACAGAAAUCUCAAGAGAUGUUAGCUAUAUAAUGAACAUAAUAACUCAAAAAGUAGGUUAGUGUUUGUCAGAUUUAUUUUUGCAAGUUAUAUGUAAGUAUCAUUGAUCCACAUAUACCAUUUCAAAUCCAUUUCAAAAGAGCUAGCACUUAUAAAUUCA